AGAAAAGGGAGUGUGUAAGGUGGGUGGGGGGGACAAGGGAAAGUGGGGAGAAAGGGAGGGAGAGGAAGAGUAAAGGCUGCUGCUUCACUGGGAGAAGCUGUCAACAGAGAGGCGGCUGAGCUGUGCAGGCAAAUGCGUGAAAGGGACAUGUUCAGCGUGGAGCGGCUCAGUGGGGCGGGCUGGAAUCAGACCAGACACAACGCAGGUGCCCAGCAGCGGGAAUUCUGAUCAGCUCUGGACGUGAAUUUCAGCCACGCGUGGGGUUUGAGGAUGUGGGCGUUGAUGGGAGCGAUCUGUCUUUGCCACUGCGUCUGUGGACAGCUGCUUGAGACCAAGCUCAAAGGGACGCCUCGCCUCAUCUGCAGCGUCCCCGGGUCCCCGGGCGCGCCCGGAAAACCAGGUCCCAGUGGUCAGCCGGGAGCAGACGGGAAUGUGGGUAUCCCAGGAAGAGAUGGCAGAGAUGGCAGGAAGGGGGAAAUGGGAGAAAAGGGAGACACAGGUCUAAAGGGCAGAGUGGGCCCAACAGGCAAGAUCGGAGAGCGAGGUGAGCGCGGCCCUGCUGGGAAACGAGGCCCAACGGGAGGGAACGGAGACGUGGGAGCACCUGGUCCUCCGGGCCGAGACGGACAAAAGGGGGACAAGGGCAAACGCGGACUCCGCGGAACACCUGGAACCUGCAAAUGCGGUAGCCUGCAGCUUAAAUCGGCUUUCUCAGUGGGGAUCACCAGCAGCUACCCUACGGAAAAGAUUCCCAUCAAGUUCAACAAAGUCCUGUUCAAUGAAGGCGGGCACUACAACCCACAGACGGGAAAGUUCGUCUGUGCCUACCCCGGCAUCUAUUACUUCUCCUACGACAUCACCCUGGCCAACAAACAUCUGGCCAUCGGUCUGGUGCAGAAUGGCCAGUAUCGCAUAAAAACCUUCGACGCCAACACUGGAAACCACGAUGUGGCUUCUGGGUCCACCGUCAUGUACCUGAACCCAGAAGAUGAAGUUUGGAUGGAGAUCUUCUUCCAUGACCAGAACGGUUUAUUCGCUGACCCUGGCUGGGCUGACAGCCUGUUCUCUGGCUUCCUGCUCUAUGCAGAUACCAACUAUUUUGAUACACUGGCAGAAGACUACGCAUAGAACCUUGAAACACACAAAAAAAGAAACAGAAGCUACUAGUCACAGCUGAUUUAAUUGUUUUAUAACACAUAAAGUCUCAGUAUAUUUUUAUAAUUUCUUGCCCUGUUACUUUUUUCUUUUUUUAUUCAUUUAAAAUUAUAAUAUUAACCUUUAAUAGGUUUAUGGUUUAUUUUGGAUACAGUCAUGUUCAUAAAAUCUUAGAUAAAUAUCCUUGGCAGGGGGAAAUUUCUUCAGAGAUUUUUUUACACAAUUUCACAUUCAUAAUCAGGUUUGUCAUAGUGUCCUCUCUUUCAGAAACUGAUUCAGUGGUAACAACCUUUAUUCAACAGAGCUAAAAUCCUUCAGUUCUCCUGGUUUUGACUGUGUAAUAUAACAUUUUGGUGAGGUUUGAUAACAAUACUGGCAGAAUGUAAUAUAUGCACCACACCAUUUUCAAAUAAUAGGCAUAGCCUUGAAUGUGAACAUAGGUUGUACAAUAAGCAAUAUACUAUAGCUUCUUUAAAUGUCCACUGUCUGCAUUUAUCGAUUAAAAUUGAAGACAAAUAAGCUUUAAUACAUUUACUGAAAAUCAUCCGAUUUUUAAAUGGCUUGACGUUGAAAUAUUCUGAGUGAGAAAUGAUUUACUAUGGCUGCAGAUGACCCUGAGACAGUGUUGCGGUGAUAUUUUAGGAUUUUGCUAUGUGAUGUAAACAUUUUUUGCAAUUUCCAAUGGAAAGAAAAGCCAACACAAAAAUAUUCCAAUCUUAACACCAUACAUAAGUGAUAAAAAAAAAAAUCAUAAAAUGAAUUAAAUUAUAUCACAAUUAAGGUGUAAUGUCAAUAAUAAAUUGAUAUUUCAAACUCUGCUUUUGGUAUUAAUUCAAGUCAGUACAAAUGACCUCGUUUAUAUAAUGAUCUUUAGAUUUGUAUGUAUUCAUUUAGAAAUUUUAAAUGUAUUGUAUUUAUUUAUUUUAGUCAAAUUAGAUCUGUCUUUAAUU